AUGCGAGAAACCGAAGAAGAACGAGGUGCAGGGUUUGACCAUAUGCAGAUGGAAGAUCAGGUAGAAGACAUGGAGACACAGGAAGGAGUUGCCUUGGAGGAUGGAGGUGGAGAUGUUCCUGUUGUUGAGGAAACCCCAGCUGUCAAUGGGGAAUCCAGGCCACUGACUGAUACUGAUAUGGAGGAGGAUGACUCUCGACCAGAGGCCACUUUUCGUUUCACCGUUGAGAAUUUUAGUAAACUCAAAGAUUCUACACUGUCUCCUCCUUGCUAUGUGCGAAACUUGCCCUGGAAGAUCAUGGUGAUGCCACGAACUACUCCAAAUCAGGACAAGCAAAUGACCAGGUGCCUUGGUUUCUUCCUGCAGUGUAAUGGGGACUCUGAUUCAUCUUCAUGGAGUGUCCAAGCCAGUGCAGAGUUGCGCUUGCUUAAGCACGAUGGGGAAGAGCCAUUUUCCAGGAAGAUUUCCCAUCUGUUUUACUGUAAGGAGAAUGACUGGGGCUUCAGUCACUUCAUUUCAUGGAGUGAUGUUUGUGAUCCUGAGAAAGGAUACAUCAAGGAUGAUUCUAUCACGCUUGAAGUUUAUGUUUGUGCUGAUGCUCCUCAUGGUGUGAGCUGGGACAGUAAGAAGCACACAGGGUAUGUGGGUCUCAAGAAUCAAGGGGCAACCUGUUAUAUGAAUUCCCUGCUCCAAGUCCUGUACUUCACGAAUCAACUUCGUAAGGCAGUUUAUAAAAUGCCCACUGAGAGUGACGACUCAGCCAAGAGUGUUGCCCUUGCCCUUCAGAGGGUAUUUUAUGAAUUGCAAUUCAAUGACAAGCCUGUCGGUACAAAGAAACUGACCAAGUCCUUUGGAUGGGAAACCCUUGAUUCAUUUAUGCAGCAUGAUGUCCAGGAGUUUCUCCGUGUUCUCUUAGAUAACCUGGAGAGCAAGAUGAAGGAUACCUGUGUGGAAGGGACGAUACCAAAGCUCUUUGAAGGAAAGAUGGUUUCUUUCAUUCGCUGUAAAAAUGUUGAAUACACAUCCUCAAGAACUGAGGCAUUCUAUGACAUCCAGCUGAAUGUGAAAGGGAAGAAAACUCUCUAUGAUUCAUUCAAGGAUUAUGUAGCUGUUGAGAUGCUGGAUGGUGAGAAUAAGUAUGAUGCUGGUAUUUAUGGACUUCAAGAUGCUGAGAAAGGUGUCAUUUUUUCAGGGUUCCCACCCGUGCUUCAUCUUCACCUGAUGAGGUUUCAGUAUGAUCCCAUGACUGACUCUAAUGUGAAGAUCAAUGACAGGUUUGAGUUUCCAGAGAGUCUGAAUUUGGAUGAAUACCUCCAGAAACCAGAAGAUACCCCAGCUCGAUACACGCUGCAUGCUGUGCUUGUUCACAGUGGGGACAACCAUGGUGGCCAUUAUGUCGUCUUCAUCAACCCAAAAGGAGAUGGGAAGUGGUGCAAGUUUGACGAUGAUGUUGUCUCUCGAUGCACAAAGACAGAGGCCAUUGAAAAUAACUUUGGGGGUCAGGACGAAGAGAUGUGUAUUGCAGUUCGCAAUUGCACCAAUGCAUACAUGUUGGUCUACAUCCGUGACUCCUGCUUGCAUGAAGUCCUUGAAGAAGUGAAGGAGGAUGAUAUCCCAAGUGAGUUGAUAUUCCGACUUCAGGAGGAGAAACGCAUGGAGACAAUCAAACGGAAGGAGCGAAAUGAGGCUCAUCUAUACCUAGCAGUUCAGGUUUUGACUGAUGAUGACUUUUGUGGCCAUCAAGGACCAGAUCUGUUUGAUCCAGAGAAAGUCCAGGACCAUGCAUUGAGGUUCCGGAUCAGGAAGUCGGCCACAGUUCGAGAGCUUGUUGAGACCCUUGCAGAGAGCAUGAAGUAUCCUUUAGAACAGGUUCGCAUCUGGCCCAUCAAUCAACGCUCAAAUGAAACUUAUAGACCUUCUCUUCUUGAUCCAGAGGCUGAUUUUGGCAAAGCAGUCAUGGAUGCUGCCGACAGCAAUAAUCCAUGGCUAGUAUACCUUGAGCUUAUACCACCAGAUUCAGACAUUCAUGCCCUUUCUCCUUUUGAUAGAGACACAGACAUUCUCCUCUUUUUCAAGCAAUAUUGUCCUAAACAGAAGAAGCUGCAUUAUUGUGGGCAUCUAUACAUAUCUGUUAGUCGGAAUACCAGUGACUUGAUCCCAGUGUUGAACGAAAGGGCAGGCUUCCCGCCUGACACUGACCUCAUUCUGUAUGAGGAAGUUCGGCCAAAUCACAUCCAGAAAUUUGAAGAUCUCAACUGCCCUAUUGAAAAGGCACUGGAUGAACCCAUGGAUGGUGAUAUCAUUGUGUUCCAAAAAGAUGAUCCCAAUGUUGUCAGUGAAUUGCCCACAGCGAAGGCUUAUUUCCGGGACCUGCUUUAUCGAAUGGAGAUAUUGUUUAUCGACAAGAACAAUCCUAAUGAUUCUGGCUUCUCCAUGGAAAUGUCACAGUCUAUGACAUAUGAUCAGAUGGCCAAGAAAGUUGCCCAUCGCCUCAAUACUGAUCCAUACCUACUGCAGUUCUUCAAGUCACAGAAUUAUCGUGAUUUGCCAGGUUAUCCAUUGAAAUGUAGCUCAGAGGAUACCCUGAAGGAUAUAAUGUCCCAUGCAAAGCCAAAAACUGUGAGGAAAUUAUUCUAUCAAAUCCUUAGCAUCAAAGUGAGUGAACUGGAGAAUAAACGUCAGGUGAAGUGUAUAUGGAUGAGUGAAGACCUGAAGGAAGAGAAGGAACUGGUUUUGUAUCCAGACAAGAAUGGGAAAGUAGUUGAUCUCCUGCAGGAGGCAAGAAAGGUCCUCAGUUUGUCUGAGGCUGGUUCAGGACAGCUACGGCUGGUCGAAAUAGCCUCAUCCAAAAUAUUUUGUUCCCAUUCAGAAGAAACCCUCCUCGAAAACCUCCGCUUGGACAACACUAGAGUCUUUCGCAUCGAGGAGGUGCCCAAAGAUGAGACUAAUCUGCGGGAGAAUGAGGUUCUAAUGCCCUGUGCCCAUUUUCAAAAGGAAAUCUUCUCAACCUUUGGAACACCUUUCUACCUAAAAAUCACACAUGGAGAAUCCUUUGCCCGGGUGAAGGAGCGGAUCCACAAGAGGCUUGAGGUUCCUGACAAGGAGUUUGAGAAGUGGAAGUUUGCCUUGGUGGUGAUGGGACGAGCAACAUACAUCGACAAUGAGGACUUUGUUGUUGACCUGAAGGAGUUCCGUCCCCACUUGACCCCUGGGGGUCCUGGGUCUGCAACACGGCCCUGGCUUGGACUUGAGCACGUCAACAAGGCUCCCAAGCGCACCAGAUACAAUUAUCUGGAGAAGGCUAUCAAGAUCCACAAUUGA